AUGGGGUUGUCUUUUGGCAAGGUUUUCUCUCGCCUCUUUGCUAAGAAAGAGAUGCGAAUUCUUAUGGUUGGUCUUGAUGCAGCUGGAAAAACCACAAUAUUGUAUAAACUCAAGUUAGGGGAGAUUGUCACCACCAUUCCUACUAUUGGAUUUAAUGUGGAGACUGUGGAAUAUAAGAACAUUAGCUUCACUGUGUGGGAUGUUGGUGGUCAGGAUAAGAUUCGACCAUUGUGGAGACACUACUUCCAAAACACACAAGGCCUUAUCUUUGUGGUAGACAGCAAUGAUCGAGAUCGUGUUGUUGAGGCUAGAGAUGAGUUGCACAGGAUGCUGAAUGAGGUGUGUGAUGAAUUAAGUGAGUCUGUAUUGCUUGUUUUUGCAAACAAGCAAGAUCUUCCUAAUGCAAUGAAUGCUGCUGAAAUCACUGAUAGACUUGGUCUACACUCUCUCAGACAGCGACACUGGUAUAUCCAAAGUACAUGUGCUACUUCUGGUGAAGGUUUAUACGAGGGACUAGAUUGGCUUUCAAAUAACAUUUCCAGCAAGGGUUAUUAA